ACGCCCUGUGUACCGCCCCCUAUCGCCCUGACGCCGGCUGCUGCACUCGCUCUGACGUCGUGGGCAGCUCCUCUCACGCCGCGCCCUGGACACGCUUCCGGACAGAUCCCCAACGAUCCUCUGGGACCCCCUCGGACCCCCUCGGACCCCCCCCCCCCCCACACGAGUGGGACUCCCGGUGCGCGGAGCGAUGGACUCCCGGCACUACGACAUGAGCGAGGAGCAGAAGGCGAUCAAAGCCAAGUAUCCUGUCGUGAUCAAGAAACACGAGUACCUGGACCACACAGCAGACGUGCAGUUGCACGCGUGGGGUGACACGCUGGAAGAGUCGUUUGAGCAAGUUGUCAUGGCCAUGUUUGGCUACAUCAGCGACAUCGAGGUGGUGGAGCCCCUGGACACGGUGGAGGUGGAGGCUGAAGGUGAGGACAUGAUGUCUCUGCUCUACCAGUUCAUGGAUGCGUGGCUCUACAAGUUCUGCGCCGAGAUAUUCUUCAUCCCAAGGGAGGUGAAAGUCGUGAGUCUGGACAGAGUAAAUUUCAAAAUCCGCUCAAUUGGCUGGGGAGAGGAGUUCAACCUUGAGAAGCAUCCACAGGGCACGGAGGUGAAGGCCAUCACCUACUCAGCUAUGCAGAUCCACGAGGAGGAGAAUAAAAACGAUGUGUUUGUCAUCAUCGACAUCUGAACCUUAUGGCGGGACCCCAGGAUCCCAUAAGCCCCCAGGGUCCCAUAAGCCCCCGGCUCUCGCAUAAACUGCGUUGCGACGUCAUUUUAUGUCUGUUGAAAGUUAACGAUGCGG